AUGGCUUGGAUCCUGUUUCUGCUGCUGCAAGCAACAAGUCUACCACCUGGGAAUUCAGCAGGAUCCAACAAAGUAAAUGAUUUUGGGGUCAACCAACCAGCACACCUCUCUGGUGUCCAAGGCAGCUCCAUAGAGAUCCCCUUCUCCUUCUACUAUCCCUGGAAAUCACCAAAGGAUCUGCAGAUAACGAUUCUCUGGAGAUGGAAGAACUUCCAUGGGAAAUUGAUCUACAACUCUUCCUCGGGUUUCAUACUUAAGCAUUUCAAGAAUCGGCUCAUCCUGAACUGGACACAGCCUCAGACAUCCGGAGUCCUCAGAAUCCUGGACUUGAAGGAGAAGGACCAGGCAGUGUACUUCUGCCGAGUUCGUCUGAAAGCAAGAAAAGUAAAGGAGGAGUUCUUUCAGUCGAUUCCUGGUACCAACCUCAGCAUCACCCCUAGUGAGUGCAAGCCGACCACCUCUCCAAGUCCCAGCACUGUAACUUCUACACGCACCAAAAACACCCUCACGGCCACAGAAGGUCAGAUGAGCAGAGAAAAUAAGACCCUGGAUCUGGGAACCACAGUUGGGGUGGCAGUGGCUGCUGCUGUACUCCUGGCUGGGGUUUUGGGAUUGAUGCUGUUCCUCAGGUGGAAGAGGAGGAAAGGCCAGAGGACUAAAGCCGAAACCCCAGCCAGGUGA